AUGCCUUCUUCAUUAGAUCAACUCAAAGCUUCUGGCACCACCGUUGUCUCUGACUCUGGUGACUUUGCUUCCAUUGCCAAAUACCAACCACAAGAUGCCACCACCAACCCAUCGUUGAUCCUCGCUGCCUCCAAAAAGGCUGAAUACGCCAAGCUCAUCGAUACCGCAGUCGCAUUCGGAAAGGAGGUCGACGGUGACCUCGAAAAGAAGACUGAUGCCACUCUCGAUCGUCUUCUCGUCGAGUUUGGUAAGGAAAUCUUGAAGAUCGUUCCAGGAAAGGUUUCAACCGAGGUUGAUGCUCGUUUCUCUUUCGACACCAAGGCCACCAUCAACAAGGCCCUCAGAAUUAUUGACCUUUACAAGGAGCAAGGUAUCGAUAAGUCCCGCAUCUUGAUCAAGAUUGCUUCCACCUGGGAAGGUAUUCAAGCCGCCCGUGUCCUCCAACGCGACCACGGAAUCAACUGCAACCUUACUCUCCUCUUCUCCAAAUCCCAAGCCGUUGCUUGUGCCGAAGCCGGUGCUUUCCUCAUCUCUCCAUUCGUCGGCCGUAUCCUCGAUUGGUACAAGGCCUCUACCGGAAAGACCUACUCCGCCCAAGAAGACCCAGGUGUCGAGUCCGUUAAGGCUAUCUUCGACUACUACAAGAAGUACGGAUACAAGACCAUUGUUAUGGGAGCUUCUUUCCGUAACGUUGGUGAAAUCACUGAGCUUGCUGGAUGUGAUUACCUCACCAUCUCACCAAACUUGUUGGAGGAGUUGAUGAACUCCGAAGAGGCCGUCCCUAAGAAGUUGAUCGCUGAGAACGCUAGCAGUUUGGAUAUCGAGAAAUUGACCUACAUUGAUGAUGAGGCCGAGUUCAGAUUUGCAUUCAACGAAGAUGCUAUGGCUGUUGAGAAGUUGAGAGAGGGUAUCAGCAAGUUUGCUGCUGAUGCCGUUACCUUGAAGGAUAUCUUGAAGGCUAAGUUGCAAUAA